AUGACUUUUAUAUAUAAUUUAAUAAGUUAUGGUAUUGUAUUUGGUGCAAUAUUCAAUCAAUUGCCAUAAAUUUAUAAGAUAUAUAAAAGCAAAAGCAUUUAAGGCAUAUCCUUUUCAUCUUUAUAUACAGAAGUAUUAAAAAUACUUAAUAGACUCUUAUGUUAAUUUUUAAUGUUGCAUAUAAUAUGCAUGAAGGAACCAGUUUCUUACUCUAUGGAGAAAAUGUCAUAUUGUAUAUAGAAUACAUCAUUGUUAUAUUUCAAUUUGGAUAUUACAAUUCUAUGUAGAGAGAUUACAUAAGAAAAUUGAGUUUUUUAGGAAUAAUCAGUGUAGUAUUUUUAUUUUAGAUUGUACCUUAAAUUAUAUUCAAACUUAGCAUAUAUAUUAACAUGAUUUUAUGUAUUAAAGAUAUCAUUAUUUUAGUGUUUUUUUCGAAGUGGCCAUAAAUAAAAAUGAAUUACUAAAGAUAAUCAACUGGAUAACUAGCAUUUUUAACACAUUUAUAGAAUUAAGCUGGAGCAAUUCCUAGAGCAUUAUCAAUAUUUGCAGAGUCUAACAAUAAAUUAUUAUAUGUAUGAUUUUUAUUAUGAAUUUGAUAGUGUUUAGUGAUAUUAGAUAAUUCUUUAGUAUUAAUAAUAACAUUUCAAUUUUUAAUAUAUUGGAAAAGAAGAGAAAUUUAAAAGAAAUUGUGA